GUUCACUUAUGCCCUUAUGAUUACAAAUGAAACUCAAAUUCACCACAAACUACAAAAUACUAUCUCACUCCUCUCUCUUUUUCUCUCUAGAGCUUAUGUAAAGAAACCAUCAUACCAGACAUCAUCCACCCAAGCAGCACGAAAUUCCAAAUCAUUUUCGUAAAAAUGGACCCGAAGUUCGCCGGAAAGCCCAUCACCGCCCAAUACUCGGCCCGAAUUGACAUCGACCAGAUGCCAGACACCCCAAACCGCGGGGCCCACCACCGCCGGGCCCAGUCCGAGACCUUCUUCCGCUUCCCGGAUGACAUCCUCCUGGACGACGUCGUCGCCGACGACUUCAACCUCUCAACCCUAGAACUCCCCUCGCUCUCCUCCGACACCGACAACAACAUCCCCAUGACCGUCGAUUCCUCCAAAUCGGACUCAUCCAACGGCGGCGAAAACCCCAAGCCGAAGCCGGCGGCGGGACCCAUCAGCCACUUCAGGAGCUUGUCGGUCGAUGCCGAUUUUUUUGACGGGUUAGGGUUUGGUUCGUCCGCCGCGGACGGCGGCGAGUUCGGCGCGAAGCCGGCGGCGGAGAAGAGAGUGGGUCAUCACAGGCACAGCAGCUCCAUGGAUGGUUUUACGUCGUCGUUUGAGGAGGAGUCCAUGUUGAGAUUGAUGGAUGGUGGGAAGAAGGCCACGGCUCCUGAUAGACUCGCUGAGCUCGCUUUGAUUGAUCCCAAGAGAGCUAAAAGGAUUCUUGCAAAUCGGCAAUCUGCAGCGCGUUCAAAGGAGCGAAAAAUACGUUAUACGAGUGAGCUGGAGAGGAAGGUGCAGACACUUCAGACAGAAGCAACCACUCUCUCUGCACAGGUCACGUUGCUGCAGAGAGACACUACUGGGUUGACUUCUGAGAAUAAGGAACUCAAACUGCGGUUGCAAGCAAUGGAACAACAGGCACAUCUUCGAGAUGCACUAAAUGAAGCAUUGAGGGAUGAAGUGCAGCGGCUUAAGAUAGCAACUGGGGAACUCCCAGCCGCCAACGGAAAUCCUUUCAAUAGAGGUUUGCGUCCCCAGUUUUCCCCCCACCGGCAGGCAUUUCAUCACUUUGGUACCAACCCAACUCAGCAACAGCAACAGCAACAGCAACAGCAACAGCAACAGCAGCAUCAUAUGGCUCAGUCAACGGCUAACAACCAAACUCAGAGUGGGCAGCCUCAACCCGGCUUUUUGGACUUCAAUUAAAUGGUUUAGUAACAUCCAGAGAAGUAUAAGAUAACUAAAGGUAAGCAUCAUGUGUAUAUAUGUGUGUGUGUUGCAGGUAAAGAUUGUGAAUGGGUUUACUCAGAUCAGUCCUUUGUAUCAGUUAUACAUAUGGGUUAUGAAUAUGAUAGAUACUAUGAGGGGUAUAAAGCAUGCUAUAGAGCAAUAAGAUCCUAGUGUAGCAUUAAUGGUUGACUGAUUGUUGUAAUUUAUUUUAUUGAUUUUGAAAUUUCUGUGAACAGUUAGCAUCUUAAAUUAGAAUGGUCUUUGUAAA